AUGACAAGGUUUCAUACAGACGAGUACAUCGAGCUGUUGGAAAUGGUCAAUCCGGACAAUGCCGAGAUUUUGACUGGCGGGGGUACAAGAUGCCUAAUAGGGGAAGAUUGUCCACCUUUCGAAGGGGUUUUCGAAUUUUGCACCAUCUCGGCCGGAGGUUCUAUCAGUGCUGCUGAACGAAUCAAUUCUGGCCACGCAGAUAUUGCCAUCAAUUGGGCCGGAGGACUUCAUCACGCCAAGAAGAACGAAGCAAGUGGAUUCUGUUAUGUGAACGACAUUGUACUCGCCAUCUUGGAACUGCUUCGUAUACACACGCGAGUGCUGUAUAUCGACGUAGACGUACAUCAUGGCGAUGGGGUCGAAGAAGCAUUCUACACCACCGACCGUGUCAUGACCGCUAGUUUUCAUCGAUUUGGAGAGUUUUUUCCAGGAACGGGAGAUGUCAGAGAUGUUGGAAUGGGUCGCGGGAAAGGAUAUGCAGUCAAUGUCCCUUUGAGAGACGGUAUCACGAACGAAUCAUUCCAUUACAUCUUCAAACCGGUCAGCUCUUUCAUCAUACAGCACAUCAUCGAUUGGUUCCGACCCGGUGCGGUGGUUUUGCAGAUGGGUGCGGAUUCCCUGUCUGGUGACAAGCUCGGUGGAUUCAAUCUAACAUUGGACGGUCAUGCUGAGUGCGCCCGUUUUGUGAAGAGCUUCAAUAUCCCCACUAUCAUGCUUGGCGGUGGUGGGUACACAACGAAGAAUGUCGCACGAGCAUGGACCAACGAAACGGCCGUCAUGUGCGGUCGUGAGCUUCCUCUAGACUUGCCGUACAAUCAAUACAUGGAGUAUUACGGACCGAGGUACAAACUUGAGGUUCUGCCGAAUAAUACAGACGAUCACAAUCCUACCACCUACCUGGACAAUAUCAAGAAAUCUGUGAUUGAGCAUCUGAGAUCUCUACCCCACGCUCCGGCUGCUCAGAUGAAAAGUCGAUCCAGUCGUGGUGUGGGGGAUGUCCUCGGACUGAAGAAAGACGAGCUUUCAGAUCCGGAAGAUGAGAUUGAGGCGACAGUCAAAAGUGCGUAUCUAUCCUAA